GGGCUCCUCGGGAAACGCCGCGGCGCAGGGGCCGUGAUGCUCUCGGUGCUGCGGGCGAGGAGGCGCCGGGGCCGGGGCCGUGCGGGCACGGCAGCCGAGAGGGGCCGGGGCACAGGGUUCGUGUCGUAGAGUUACCGAGAGCCGCGACGGGAUCCUGGAUAUCGCCACUGCUUUCACCAGCCUUGUCCUGGUGCGGGAGACACGGGAACUGCAGCUGGGAUUAGAAACUGAGGACUGCAUUAGAUCCGUAUGGAACCCGCGCUAGCGCAUGGGUUCCUUUACGUUCUUACAGUGCGUCUCUUUUCUAGGAAAAAUGAUUUCUGAAAGCAGCUCCUUCAUCAAGGGUGUGGUGCUUGGAGGAGUCUUCUGCAUGUUGGUUACGCUCCUCGGACAUAUUAAAGUGGGCCACGGGACCAAAGCACAUCACCACGAGCAUCACCACAUCCAGGCUCCCAACAAGGAAGAUGUCUUAAACCUUUCAGAAGGUGAACGUGUGGAGCUUAGUAAAAGCAUCCGUGUUUACUGUAUCAUCCUUGUCAAACCAAAAGAUCUGGGGCACUGGGCUGCAGCAAGGGAGACCUGGAGCAAGCACUGCGACAAGGCAGAAUUCUACAGCUCAGAAAAUGUCAAAGUGUUCGAUUCUGUUGCUGUCAACACAAAUGAUAUGUGGGUGAUGAUGCGGAAAGCGUACAAGAUAGCGUAUGAACGCUAUAAGGAUGAAUUCAGCUGGUUCUUCCUUGCAUAUCCAACAACAUUUGCUAUAAUUGAAAAUCUCAAGUAUUUCUUACUGAAAAAAGACCCCUCACAGCCUUUUUACAUAGGCCACACUGUGAAAUCUGGUGACCUUGAAUAUGUAGAUGGUGAGGGAGGAAUUGUCCUAAGUAUUGAGUCACUAAGACGACUCUCCCGUGUUCUUGGAGACCCUGACAAGUGUCCAGAGCACGGAGGUAUGAUUUGGAAACUCGCAGAGGACAAACAGCUGGCAAUCUGCCUGAAGUACACCGGCGUGUUUGCCGAAAACGCCGAAGAUUCAGAAGGGAAAGACGUCUUUAACACGAAAUCCGUCGGGGCCCUCAUUAAGGAGGCCAUGUCCACUCACCCGCAGCAGGUGGUGGACGGCUGCUGCUCUGACAUGGCCAUCACCUUCAGCGGGCUGGCCCCCAACCACAUGCACGUGAUGAUGUACGGGGUGUACCGGCUCAGGCCCUACGGCCACUCGUACAGUGAUGCCCUGGUCUUCCUGCCCCCGCCAGGCUCGGACAAUGACUGAUGUGUCCUCAGGGAAGGCCUGGAACCGUGGAGUCAGCUCUUCUCGCAGCACACAGUCGGACUGACACAUUCUGGUACUGCUCUACAGGCUUUUUUGCACAUCGAGGGUUGGUAAAACUCUUAAUUUUAAAAGUGGAAGGAGAAUUUUUUUCUAAAUCUUUUAUAGAGAAAUGCUUCUGGCUUUUGAUGGUGCUGGAAUGAAAUGAUAAAAAAUGUUAAUGGUAAUGUUUAUUAUAAAAGGAGAUUAAGUUUAUAGGGGGGGUUUGUACAUGUAAAUAUUUAUUAAUGAAAGCUCAAAUGUACUUUAGUCUACUCCUACAAAUAUAUUUUUGCAAGACUGAUUAUUUCAGUUCAUCCAGGCAUUUCUGGAAUGUCUUUAUAUCUUUCUAAGAUGUACCAAUAAAACUGACUACAGAUUCAGUCUCAAAGACUAACUUUAAGCUAUUUCUUUUACACUGAACUACACAAUAGCUUGAGCUUAUACAACACCUGCUACCUCAUGU